AUUAAUAAAAUUGAUUUAAUUAUAUGUUCGCACCAAUUUAAUUAUAUAUGUAAUAGUUAAUGAAUUUUAAUUAUUCAAUAUAUAUUUAUUAUUUCAUGUAAAAACAUAUAAUAUAUAAUUAUUUAUAUAUAUAAUGUUCAUUCCGCGCAAGGCGGAGAUCUUAACCUAGUAUUAUAAUAUUUGUACGUUGUGUGAUUAAAUAUAGAGAGCUUCAACCAUACCGAGAGUUCUUCACAUUUUCACCACAAGCACGGUGCGAAUGAUGCCAUUUUCGGAUUUCUUUCCUUCAUGGACUAGCGAAAAUGGAAAAUAUAUUUUUUUAUAGUUUUGAAGUUCUAAAAUAUCUCAAAUUUAAAUCUUAAAAUCUAAAAUUAACGAAGCAUCUUCAUUCAGAAUUAGUUUAUGAAUCAUUUGGUUCACUUUAGAUAACUGAUCAACUAAAUAUAAGUAUAAAACUUGCUCACCUACAAACUUCAUAAGAUUUGAGUAGAGCUGAACUAAUUCAUGAGUUAAUAAUCUCAUUUUCAUACUCAUGUAGGACAUUAAUGUUUUUGGAUAUAGAUAGUGAAAGAAAUAUAUUUCGAGUUUUGCGAACAUUAAAUAAUAUCUUAACAAUAAAGUGCAUGCAAAUAUCUAAUUUCAGGAGAAGGAACAUAAAUAUCUUACUUUUCAAACCCUUUUUAGAGUGAGUCAACAUUUCAAUGUUAUGCAAAUCAUCAAAAUCAACGAAUGGUAGAUCAAAAAUAAAAUAAUGUAAGGACUAGAUACACGUGUCGGAUUUGUCUGGUUUCACGUGUUGAGCUAAUCACAUCAGAGGUAAUUAAAUGUUUAAAAUAUGAUUAACCUAAUGAACAAUCUACACGUAACCUGCUAAUUUUGGAUGCUUUAGACACACUCACAAGCGUCGUGUCACUUCCUCAGAGAUUUGAAGUCCUCAAAAGCCGAUAAUGUUUGCACUAAGACAACUAUAAGAACGUAUAAUCUUGUUCCCUAAUUAAAAAUGGUCCGUGUUUAUGAAUCAAGCUGUUGCCACGUGUUUUAUCUGUACUUUAUCACUUUUUAUCAGAUUUCUCGUUAUAUGUAUAUUUUCUGGUAGGUUUUCGUUGUUCCCAAUAUAUUAAAUACAGUAUAUUUUUAGAUUUUUGCUGUAGGGUUAAUUAAAUUGUAUAAUUCGCCUGAUCGAGUAUGAUGAUAAAACAUUUUUUUUGGUAAAUAUGAUGAUAAAAAAGAUGAUGAUAAAACAUUACUACUUAUCUUUAUUUCAACCUUUUUAACGUCAAAAAUGGAUAUGUAAGAUCGACAGUACAUUUGUGCGAUCAAAACGCGCUUGCAGUUGUCGCGUACGUGUGUUACAUAUGGAUGCGUAGUUUGGGAUACAGUGUAAAUAUUCACGUUGUAUCAAUAUAAUAUAGGAGUUUGAUUAUUAUAUCCAAAAGGUUAAUUAAAGUGAUGAUUAUACGGUCUAGUAUAGUCUAUGUCUAUGGUUUUCCAGGUUGGACUGGUUAAGUUGUCGGCCUGAUAACGGGACACGAUAUCACAAUUAAAAACACAUGUGAGAUCUAGUUCAUCGAUAGAAUUUUAGAAUAUCUCCGACCUAUAACACUAUUAUAGUGAUAGUGUUAAGAUUACAUCAAAUAUAAAAUUAUAGUGUUACAUUAAAACAAUGUAAUUUUUAAUAUUGAAUUGGAAAAGUUUAAUGUGAAAAUCACACUAAAUAGUAUUUUGGAGUUGAGUUAAAGAUGAAAAAAAAUUUAGUGUUGAAAUCAAAAUAAAAUAAUGUAAUCUUGAUAUUAUAAUAGUGUUAUAGAUUGGAAAUGGUCUAAAUUCUAUUAAUGAACAAGAUAUCACAUGUGUUUCUAAUUGUGAUAUUGUGUCCUGUUCUAAUUGGAGAAGUUUAGCAUAAAAACUCUUUUGUUCUGGAUAAAUUUAAUUCUUAUUACUGAUUUAUCAUGGUAAAUAAUACUUAUUUAUCAGAUUCAGUCCCGUUAAAUCAAACCCAGGUUCUUCAAGUUUCAGAUAUUUAAACUCACAUAGAUAUUUAUAUUUUUUUGUUUGGUUUUAUAUCGGAUUGGGUCCAAGUUCUUAGAACAGUAAAAUACACUGAAUUCCAAAUUAUACUAUAGAUCAGGUAUUCAGUACCCAUAUUGUAUCUAAAAAUAUCUGAAUACCAAAAAAAACAAAAAAUAUAUAUGUAAAAUUUGAAAUUUAACCCGAGAACCUAAGAAUAUAUUUUUAACCUCGAAUCUAAAACUUAAAAAUAUUUAAAAUAUAUCAAAAAUAACUAAAACAUUUAAUAUAUACAAAAAGAAAUCCGGUUAUUUGGACAUCUGACUGAAUCUUGGUUAAAACUCAAAUUCGAACCAGAACCCAAACCUGUAGAUUUAACAUAAAAAUAACAAAUAGGCCGCAAGUGGAAUGAUAUUUUUUGAAUAAAAUCAUUUGAAAUAUAUCAUUCCAUGCCAUUCCAUAAAUUAGUUGCCAGUUAUUAUAGAAGUUUUUCAGAACACAAUUCCAUGCAUUCCAUUUUUGGAAUGAACAGAAAAAUUAAUAUUUUAUAAAAAUUAUUCUUUUUAUUCAUGAUUCUAAACCUUCUUGAAUAAAUGGAAUAUGUGAUAUCUCUAUUCUUUUAUAAUUUCAGUUUCUAUUAUAUUUUUAACAUCAUUCCAAUUUUUCUAUUCCACAAAAUAAUCAUUCUUUUUAUUCAUAAUAUUCUUACUAGGAAUAACCAGUUACACUCAUAGAUUCUGUAGUAUAAACUUGGAUUCGAACCAAACAUGUAUCUUUGGGUCACUACCAGUUUGGAUUUUGGAUCAACAAAUUACCAAAACUAAUUAUGGAUUACAAGGAGCACCUUACACAAUUUUUUUGAAUUGAGGGAGAGGCAUGGAGAACAUGCGAUUGUCUAGCAAUGAUGAUCUACAUAAAUAUUUGAGAUUGUAUAAUUUAUUUUUGAGAAACAGGAAAUGCCAAAUAUAUAGAUGAAUCUAUGGUUAACUGGAAGAUGAAAGGGGAAAAGACCGAAUGAAUACAGCAUUAAAUUUCUAUAUGUUGUAAAAUAUUUGAAAAAAAAAUCAUGAUCUGAAAGAAGUUUUUAUAAAACCGUUUUUAAAGAAAAAUAAAAAUUCAUUCAAAAAUAUGAAAAAACUAAAAAUGUAUGUUUUCAUUCUUCAAAAAUAUGUCAACAAUUCCAGUAGCAAAAAUUUAUAUAGUCAAAUUUCUUUAUGAACUUGAUCUUUACUACUCCGCGAUUAAUACAUGUACAUUUUCUUGAGUGUGUAUAUAUAGCGUCGCUUUUCAAUAGUUUUUGCCAAAAGGAUUUAUUUGUGCAAACUAAGAAGGGUCUUGAACUCUUGACGAGUGUAUACAUGCAUUAGUACUUAUUAUCAACCAAUCAGAAGAGAACACGAAUAUAUAUUAGUUAGUGGCUAUUAAAUAAAGUCAUUGUAUAUUUUAAUAAGAAAAAUAUGGAGUGACUCAUUACCUAUAGUACAGAAAAUAUCUCAGGAUUUGCUUUUGGCUCCACCAUGUCAAACUAUCUAGAUGCCAACACAAAGCGCAAAUUAAACAAUAAUUAACCUAACAAUAAAGAAAAGGGAAUUGUUUUUUAGCCAUACAAAAGAGGAAGGAAUCCAUCAUCAAAGUUUAUAAAAUUGGAAUAUAUAGUAGAAAACCCUUUUGCCUCCUUGCCUCUCAUUGCUUUCUCUCUUCUCCAUAUAUAUACUUCAUCUUCACACCCCCAAAACUCCACAGUCAAAAUCUCUCUCUGCAUAAUUCUCCAAAGUUUAAACAUUUCAGUAUCCAUUUCUCUCUAAUCCAAAUCACAUUUUCCUCUAUUGCAAAUUCAAAUUCAGUGAUAUUAAGCGAAGUUAAACCCACAAAAUUUAUUUAAAUUGAAACCACAUGGAUCCUUCAUAUAGAUUCAUUAAAGAGGAGUUUCCUAGAGGAUUCAAUGAUUCUCCAUCACCACCAUCUUCUUAUCUCUACACAACUUCCAUGGCCCCAAAUGAUCCAACAACAACACUGAGCUCUCCACAACCAAUAGAAGGUCUCCACGAAUCAGGCCCACCUCCAUUUCUUACAAAGACAUAUGAUUUGGUAGAAGAUUCAAGAACCAAUCAUGUCGUCUCUUGGAGCCAAGCCAAUAACAGCUUCAUCGUCUGGGAUCCAGAAUCUUUUUCCAUGACUCUCCUUCCCAUCUUCUUCAAGCAUAAUAACUUCUCUAGCUUUGUUCGCCAGCUCAACACAUAUGGUUUCAGAAAGGUGAAUCCGGAUCGAUGGGAGUUUGCAAAUGAAGGGUUUCUUAGAGGGCAAAAGCAUCUCCUCAAGACAAUAAGGAGAAGAAAGACGAGUAACAAUAAUCAAAUGCAACCCCCUCAAUCUUCCUCUCAACUACAAUCUCUAGACAAUUGUUGCAUAGAAGUUGGUAAGUAUGGUCUAGAUGGAGAGAUGGAUAGCCUAAGGCGAGACAAACAAGUUCUGAUGAUGGAGCUGGUAAAGGUGAGACAGCAACAACAAAGCACCAAAAUGGAUCUCACACUGUUAGAAGAUAAGCUCAAGAAGACUGAAUCAAAACAAAAACAAAUGAUGAGCUUCCUAGCCCGCGCAAUGCAGAAUCCAGAUUUCCUCCAGCAACUCAUUGAGCAGAAAGAGAAGAGAAAGAAUACAGAAGAAGCAAUUGACAAGAAGAGACAAAGACCGAUCGAUCAAGGGAAAAGACAUGUGGUUUGUGUGGAAGAUUAUGAUGAUGGUGGUGGUGGUUAUGGAAGGUAUGGAAAGGAUGCUGGAUCCUCCUCGGCGUUUUUUGACAUGAAACAAGAAACACAUGGAGACAUGUCAGAGUUAGACAGACUUGCUAUGCACAUUCAGGGACUUGGAGAUCAGUGCAAUAAGGAAGAUGUGGUACUGGAUGUUGGAAAAGGAAAUGAAGAAGAACAGCAUAAAGAAAGGUACCAGGAUGAGAACAACGAGAUUUAUGGUGAAGGUUUUUGGGAAGAUUUGUUAAAUGAAGGUCAAAAUUUUGAUCUUCAAGGAGAUGAUGAAGAAAAUGUUGAUGUGCUAAUUGAGCAGCUUGGUUAUUUGGGUUCUAGUCGACACUAAUUAAAAAAAAAGCACUUAGGCAUUUAAAUCAACUUGUUUACUAUUGAAUCUUUGGCUUUGUUUCAGUUAGGUGUUUCAUGGGACAACUUUUGAACUCGGGUGUUAAGUCAUGUUCUUGUUUCUUUUGAUGGUUUUAGUUCUUGGAAAUAAAAUCGUUUCUUUAUUUAUUAGGGAUUUAUUAUAAGUAAUUUUAUGUCACGCACAGUUAUCCCACAAGUUUUAUAACAUCUCGUUGAUUCUGGAAGUGAUUCAAAUCUAUAUGAUUAAAAAUCACAUUUGUUUGGACAGAUGAAGCCCUGCCAAAUGUGGUCAUCGUAGGCGCAAAAAAAUUAUAGAUUUGUGUCAAGAUCGACAUCUAGGGAAUACUAUAUACCUUUUAGCGAUUAAGAAAAGUAUGUUUAAUGAGAUAAAGAUGUACUCUUAAAAGAAAAUAAAUAUCAGGUUUUGAGGCUAGUAUAAAUAUGAAUCCAAAGAACUAUAAAUUGUUCAUUUGUCUAAUCUAUAUACAAACCAUAAACAGCGUAUUUGUCUCAGUUGUGUUUUACUCUUUUUUAAAAAAAUUCUUCUUUUGAAAGUUAAUUCGCAUUUGUUCACCACAUAUCUAAUUUUCCCAAUAAAAUUAUCACAAUUGUAGACGAGAUACAUUUGAAGUUAAAAUUUCUUAUAUAUUUACACUAUGUUAAGUAUAUUGCAUUAGAUCAAACGUCAAUUCUUUUGAAAGAUAAAUAAAAAUGCAGAAUCUCUAAAAUUGGUUGUUUUUUUACUGGUGCUAAGUUAAGUCAUUUUCUCUGUGAAAAAAUAGAUGGGAAAUUUAAGUGGGACUACUAAUUAUUAUGAUGAGAAUAUGCCAGCAUUGAAAAUUGGUUUGACUACUUAAAUUUCAUUAAAAUCAUUUAUCAUAAAGUCAGAGUCCAAACACAGCUACCAAAUCUAAAUUGUUCUUACCUUAAUGAAUAACCAACUCCUGCUUAGAUAACCAUACUCCUAACCGUUUCUAGUGGAUGCCAUAUUUUUUAUAUAAAAAAAAAAGUAAUUCCACGAAAUUCAAAUCUCGCAGGUCUAAUAGUUUAGAAAACAACAACUGGUUGUUUAAACCUUUAUUGAUUCAUAAAUUAUUUAUCCAUUUAUUAAUUCGCUCUACUUGUUAAGAAAAUGUAAUACAACAUUUUACCAAAAAAAAAAAAAUGUAAUACAACACUGAAACACGGCUCGAGCUUUUCAUUUUUAACACUUUACUAGAAUUUAACCCGUGCUUAAGAAGCACGGGUUUGAGGUUUUUAAUCUUUAAUAAAUUUUAAAUCUAGUAUAAUUUUUUUGUUUCACAUUAUAACUAUUGACUUUUAAUGUUUUUAUUAUUCAUUAUUUUUAUAGUGUGAGAUUUGUUUGAAAUAGAUUUAAAGAUGAUAUGUAUGUUUUUAGUAGUAAAGAUAUUCAUUAUUAAAAAUAUAUAUUUUAAUUAUUGAACUGUAUUAACCAAUGUUUUGAAAAUCUGAUCGGACCGUAUGAUCGAACCAGUCGGAUCCUGACUCGCUCUUCUAACUGGUUUUGAGUUGUGCUAAAAACCGAAUUUGAGUUAAAUCAGACCUAGUUCAAUAUAAAACCCAGUUUUUACAAAUUCAAGUUAAAAAUAAAAUAAAAAUUGUAAAUUUUAAUAAGAUUUCAUCAAAAUUUAAUAUUGUUUUUUACUACAUAUAUAAAUAAAUUAGUUUUAAAAUGGGACAUUAAUAUAUAAAAAUAUGUACAUUAAUAUUAAUCCGUUUGUUAUAACUAUUUUCUUAAGUUAUUUUCUGUAUUAAGAAAAAUGAUAAUAAAAUUUUUAGGUAAAAUAUCAUUGUUAGUUACAAUAUAUCUUUUUGUACAUUAAGGAAAUUAUGAGUUGAUGUAUGGAAUAUUACUUUGGCUUAAAAAUAGGUUAAAUUAUAUGGUGUUAGUCUAAUUAAUAGGUCCAAACAACCUUGCAUAAGUAGAUGUUUUAAGAUUGCUUCUCUUUUAAUAGUAUAGAUUUAGUUUUACUUUAUACUCCCACUUCGUGGAAUAUGAUAGUGCACCUUAAACCGCUCCAUAUAUUCUUUUGCUAUUUCUUUAGAAGCAAUUGUUUUUUCUCUCGUGUUGCGGAAAUGGCAAGCUAUCUACUGGCUUUUGAUCUUGUCAUAAUAAUCAUUGUCUGAAUAUUUCCCGAAAUAGAUAAACCAUCAGUUCAAUUUUCAUUAUAUCUUAGUUUUACGGAUGUAGUUAUCAAAAUUUUAGCAAUAUAGAAUAUAGCGGUAGAUAAAUAGACAACAUGGCAACAUAUCAUUUCUUUUUUUUUUUUUUUGUAAAACGAAGUAAAAUAGAGUUUCAGUUGCAACACAAUAAAAGAUAGAAGUACGAUAAUAAUAGUAAGGGAAUUAGUCGAACAGUUGGACUAGUAAUACAAUUUUAUUUAAUUAAGAAAUUAAAAGAACAUUGAAACGAAAUUCUUCAAAACAAAGAGAUUAUAUUCAAUUAAGAAAUGUUUAUUUUAUUUUCAAAGCACUAUAUAACCGUCUCUAAGGCAUUAUUUGGGGUAUCUAAAUUAUAUUUCUCAAAAUAUAAACACAAAUUAUAUUAUUAUAGGCAAUUUUGACAUAAGGUUCUAAGGUUUUAAAAACUUGUUAAUAAAAUAUAAUGACAAUCUAGUAAUGUUUUGGAACCGAAAUGACAUGAGUUUACUCUCGGAGAUGCAUAAUCUUAACUUGGUACCGAAACUAACGAUGAAAGAGAUAUCAAACAAUUGUGAGCCUGUUUGAAAGAAAUCUAUAGAACAACAUAUGAUAUGGACAAUGUAAUCAAUGACAUUCGACAGUGCACAUAAUAACGCUUUACAGGAUAAGAUUCUGACUAGUGUCCCGACUCCACUACUGAGUGUAAACUGGCUAGCUAGCCAGCAACAACUUGUAGACCAAUUAUUGAAUAGCCUCGAUCCGCAAUAACAUGAUUAGGUUAUGUGACUUCUGUAUGUCCAACGAUUAUGCACCAUAAUAUAUGUUAAAUACAUAUUUUUUUUUGACUAAAUGUUAAAUACAUAUUUUAAUAAGUAAUACAGAUAUAUUAUAUGUAUGGUUGAAAAUAAUAAAAUCUAGCUACCACACAGAUCACGAAUCUAAUAUUAUAAAUCCUUUGAAUCUAAAAUGGAUUAACAAACAAUACCAAAAUGGUAAAUCGGGGGAUGAAUCAUGAUUAUUAUUAAUAUUAAGGAAUGGACAAAAAGGGAAAAGGAAGCGACAAUGGUAAGUGGAAGUCACGUAAAAUCUGUUUCAUUAGUUGUCUGUUGAAUUUAAGAUUGCGUAUGCACGUGCUCUACUGUUUUUCUCAUGACUUACUGGUCAGUUUGCUCCAUAUGUCGCCCUUCAUUGCUACAAAAAUAGAGAUAACAUUUAGAGUCUUUUUAACUUGAUUUUGCCCAUAACAGAUUCACACACUUCUUUUGAAAUAGAUGAAUUUUACAGAUCAUGUAACAAACUCUUUAUUGGUCUCACGUGAAACAUAUAAACUAUCAAAUUCAUUAGUAAAAAAAUUAAACUUAUAAUUAUUGUCAUACAAAAUGAGGACAAUCCAGCAGACCAUAACUAAUCCUUCUUUUCCAAUAUGCAUUAUCGCUUAAAACAAAACAAAAAAAUCAAGAAUUUUUUUCUCCCUUCAAAUGAUCUUUUAAAUUUUGUGUAAGUACCAUAGCCUACUGAUUAAAGUUUAAAGAUUUCUACACUCAAGUCUGAGAUUACGGAAGAAAGGCUUACAAGAAAUCUUCAACAUGGUGUAAGUAAAGUUGGUCAGACAUGGAUCUUCGAAGGACAGCUCAAGUGAUGUAGUUAGGCGUAGAUUCUCAUAAGACAAGUGUAUUGUCGGUUAUCGAAUCGCUUAUGUAAUAUUUCUCAUAAUUAUAGUAUCAAAACCUCUAAAGCCAUGUGUACUUCUUUUCUUUCAUAAUUUAGAUUUAUCCUACUAAAUUUCAACAUUCAAGAUACACAAAUUCAAAGAACAAGUUUUUUAGAUAAUUUAUUUUUUAUUUUUCGGCAGAACUUUACUUGAUCUAUAUUGUUCUGGCCUAACCUUAUAGACUUAGAUAAGAUGUAGCCAUAGUUCGUUUGGGUGAUGGGUUUGUCGAUCCGAUAGUGAUUUCUUCAUCCAUCGUGUUCUCUUCUCAAUAUGAUGAUGUAGUUGUAAUUGAAAUUACAUCAAUGAUGUGAGUUAACAAACCGGUUCAUACAUCAUUUAAGAAAAUUUUGAAACCGAAAGGGAUUAACUUUACACCAAUCACUACAAGUCGUUCGUAAUGGUGACUCGAGUAAAAGCAACUUCUGUAGGUUUUGUUCCUCCCAUUUUUAAUACUCCCUCUGUUUUCAAAUAUGGUAGUUUUAGCAAAAAGAGUUUGUUUCAUAAUAUAAGUAAUUUACAUAUUUUAAUACACUUUUUUCAUUUAUUGGAUAUUGUGUGACCAAUAAAAUAAUGUUAAAUUUUUUAUAAUUGGUUAAAUUAAUUGAUUAAAUGAUAUAUUUUUUAAAUAACAACUUUCUAAAUAUUUGUGCUUUUAAGUAAAACUACUUAUAAUUAAAAACAGAGGAAGUAUUUGUUCCUUCCGAUUAUUAUUCUCCCUCUGGUCCGCUUUCUUGGUUCUUUGCGUUGGUGCUUGAUCACACUUAUUUUUGUUCGGGGGAUUGCUUUGUUUCAGAUUUUAUGUUUCUAUUUUUCUUUUUACUUGUUCUCGCCAAGACACUUUAUGGUACAAUGAGGUAAGUUAGUUUUCGUUCUUGAUCUCCUUUCAGCUCUAGACCUCUAUUGAAUUAGUGUUACUAUGGGAUUUUGUUUUCUCAGUGAUAAUGGAGGUUUUAGGUUUAAAUUUUUUGUUGUGCUCUAGUUUCUUAUUUUUAGUUUGGUUAUUAAUUAUAAUUUUAAUAGUAAAAUAAAUAUAUAAUUCGUAAAAGAAAUAAUAGAAAAUAGUAAAAAUAAUAAAAUGAUGAAAGUUUAUGCUAUUUUUAGUUGGGAAUAAAUUAAAUAUUUAAAAAUUUAUUUAUAUUAUUUUAUUUAUUUUAAAAAUUUUAAUGACCACUAAAAUAGAUUCUCAAACUAUAAUGAUACUUAGUGUGAGAAGGAUUAGAUAGUGCACAAUUAGAAAGUGAUGAGAUAAAUUGUAAUAAUCGAAAAGAAAAAAGAUCUAAAAUACAAAAAGAAAAAACAUAUGGACACAUGUCAAUAAACCUCUCUUCCAAAUGUCUUAAGAAGAGAACAAAAUCUACUAUAUAUAUA